AGCACUAUGAGGACUCCUGGCAGCAGCUCCCCUCUUUGGUGCUCCACAGCCACCCCCCCAGCUCCCGCUGCUCUGGCCCUUUUCCUGACCUUGCUCUUCUCCGGCGCUCGCAGCCAGACCCCCCGUGCUCUCCAGGAGAGCGCCGUGCCCUCGGGGGUGCUCAGCCAGGAGCAGGCCCACAGCCUGGUGCAGCCCAGCCUCCUCCAGGACGCCCAGGGGUCCAACCUCUCGGGGAGCCUCCCCGGGAGCAGCAGCGCGGAGCCGCCGCUGCUGCCUGUGUGCGUGAAGCCCGCGGACAUCCGGCACGUCUUCAAGUACAUCAACACCAUCGUGUCCUGCACCAUCUUCGUGGUGGGCAUCAUCGGCAACUCCACCCUCCUGAGGAUCAUCUACAAGAACAAGUGCAUGAGGAACGGGCCCAACGUGCUCAUCGCCAGCCUGGCCCUGGGGGACCUGCUCUACAUCCUCAUCGCGCUGCCCAUCAACGUCUACAAGCUCUUGGCAAAGGACUGGCCCUUCGGAGUGCAGGUGUGCAAGCUGGUUCCCUUCAUCCAGAAAGCCUCCGUGGGCAUCACGGUCCUGAGCCUUUGUGCCCUCAGCAUCGACAGGUACCGAGCCGUGGCGUCCUGGAGCCGGAUCCAGGGCAUAGGGAUCCCCAUGUGGAAGGCGGUGGAGGUGGUGCUGAUCUGGGCAGUGGCCAUCGUGCUGGCAGUGCCCGAGGCCAUCGCCUUCGACAUGGUGGAGCUCAGCUACUGGGAGCAGCACCUGUGGGUGUGCAUGUUGGCCUCGGAGCAGAAAUCCCGCUUCAUGAUGUUCUACCGGGACGUGAAGGACUGGUGGCUUUUCGGCUUCUAUUUCUGCCUGCCCUUGGUGUGCACUGGCAUCUUCUACACCCUCAUGUCCUGUGAGAUGCUGAGCAAGAGGAACGGCAUGAGGAUCGCCCUGAAUGACCACAUGAAACGGCGCCGGGAGGUGGCCAAGACCGUGUUCUGCCUGGUGGUGAUCUUCGCGCUCUGCUGGCUGCCCCUCCACCUCAGCCGCAUCCUCAAGAAGACCAUCUACGACCAGACGGACCCCAACAGAUGUGAACUGCUCAGCUUCCUCCUGGUGAUGGAUUAUUUUGGGAUCAACAUGGCCUCCCUCAACUCCUGCAUCAACCCCGUGGCUCUCUACUUUGUCAGCAGGAAAUUCAAGAACUGCUUCCAGUCCUGCCUGUGCUGCUGGUGCCAGAGGCCUGCCCUGAGCAUCACCCCCACGGACGAGAAGGGAUCAGUUGGGAAGUGGAAGGCCACGGGGCAGGAGCUGGGGCUGGACCGGAGCAGCUCCCGCCUGAGUAACAAGUACAGCUCCUCCUAAA